GAAUAAAUUUUGAUUGACCAAAGGAGGACAUGGUAAUAAUUUAACAUGUUUUGUGGGAAGUUCUAAUUUCUAUGAUUUUCUAAUUCAUUUUAAAAUAUGCUUAUUUGUUUGAGACUUUGAGGUAUAUUAGUACACUGUACACAUGCUUCGUUCUCCGUAUUCAGUUACAAAAAUUAAAUAGCUUAUUUAUUUAUUUAUUUUUUUAAUUUUUAUUUUUUAUUAUUAAAGUCCUGUAUUGAAAAAUGUUUUUAUUUAUUUAUUUAUUUUUAAGGCUACUUCCAUCUGAGACAAAGGGAGUAUCUAAAAUACUCUUGGAAUUUGUUUUCACAAAUUGGUUCUCCAUUUAAGUGCCUUGCUUUCCUUUCACUUGCAUAGUGAAGUGCAAAAUUGGUUAAUGUGAUCAGCAAAUUUUAAUUAUGUAGGGAAAUUUGGGGUUAUUUUUGGUGGGGCGUUGAGGCCAUUAAGGGGCUAUAGGCCCACAGUAUUCCAUUGAUUUCCUCUUUAACUCCUGAUUUUACAAAGUUUAGACGUGUAUGUUACUUACUUCGUUCUCUAAAUAUUACCACAUGGGGAUGAAACACGGAUUUUAAGAAGAGGAGAGAGAUAGAGAGAAAUUAAGAUUGGAACCCUUGUGAUAAGGAGAGAGAAAGAGAGAAAACAUGUGCUAAUAGGAAAAUGUUACAAUAUUUGUGAAUUAUCCUAAAAUGAUAACUGUUGCAAUAUUUGUGUAAUGGAGGAAUUAUUAUAUUAGGUUCAUGUAUAUUGUUCAAACUGUGCUAUCCCUAUGUAAUAAUCUUUGGGAUCUAAUAGGAACAUCAAUUAGCAUGAAUGCAUGAUAUAAAAAAUCACCACACUUAAAGCUAAGCUGUCCACACCCAUGGAGAUGGAGAACUAUUCAUCAUGUUGGGUUUAUAUAAAUAGGUUAAUAGUAAUCAUCGGGCAUCCUACAAAUAAAAUAUAUAGUGGUAAGUUCAAAAUAUUGCAUAUAGCAAGAAAUAGAGGAAAUUUUUAUCAACAAACUUCAACAAUAUAUCAAAACAUACACAAACCAUUAUCUACCAAUAAUGUUAACAAUAACAAUUAUGACAAAAUGACAAAUGUAUAGUCACAUCCCUCAUCUUACAAUAAAGAAAUAUUUAUAUACACUAACAUGAUUGAUGAAGAAAUAUUUAUAUGCAUUGACAUGAUUCUCAUGCAAAUCCUUGUCGAGUUUUCACCCACUCAAUUAUAAUGCAUCGACCAUCUUAUAAAUAUGAAAUUGCAAACCAAAGAGACAAUUAAAGAGAGCAUUAAUUAAGCUCCAAACCACAAAUAAUUUUUAAAAAAUGGCACAAGUGAAGUUGGUCUCAGAAUGCUUCAUCAAGCCAAAUCCUGAGGCUGUUAGUGAAGCCUCAAAGAAACCUUACAACUUAAGUCCUAUGGACAUUGACACAUUAUGCGCUAACUACAUGCAAAAAGGUCUCAUGUACACCAAACCUUAUGAUGCUGGUUUUCAAACUGAGGUUUUCCUGCAGAAACUUAAACACACCUUUUCUCUUUCUCUCGUCCAUUUCUACCCACUAGCUGGCCGUUUCGCUACCCGAACUUUCCCAGAUGAGCAUGCUUGUUGCAUUUUCCUUGAUUGUGUCAACAGCCCUGGUGCUAGAUUUAUCCAUGCUUCCCUAGACUCCACUGUAUCUGCUGUUCUCUCUGGCACCGACGUCCACCCUGCUUUCAGAUCCUUUUAUGAUCUUGGUGAGAGGGCAAUUAAUUAUGAUGGCCACACCAAUGCUCUGUUAUCACUUCAGGUCACAGAGCUUGUAGAUGGAAUAUUUAUUGGAUUUUCCUUCAGCCAUUCAAUAGGGGAUGGCACUUCCCUUGAACAUUUUAUCACCACCUUGUCAGAGAUUUUCAAUUCUGUCGGUAAUAACCUGCAAAAUGGGGAAGAACUAACCUAUGUCCCCAUCUCUAGGGAACCAAUCUUCGAGCCCUUCUUUCCUGACGGAUAUGGCCCAGUUCUUAAGCUACCAUAUGUUGAACCAUCUGAGUUCUUGUCCCGGGAAAAUCCUGCCUCCAUUAGAGAGAAAAUAUUUCAGUUUUCACGUGUGUCAAUGUCAAGGCUUAAAGCCAAGGCGAACAACGACAUACGUAAAGAAGGAAACCGUAAUAAUGAAAUAUCCUCUUUCCAAGCGCUGUCAGGGCUUAUAUGGAGGGCUAUUACUCGAGCUCGGAAACUAGACCCUGAAAUGGAGACUAACUGUUCUCUUACCAUGAACCUGAGGCCUCGUUUGAUUCCUCCACUUUCGCAAGAGUACUUUGGGAAUUAUUUCUCAAGGAUUAGGGCCAGUUGCAAAGUUGGGGAGCUCUUAAACACUGGCUUAGGCUGGGGUUCAUUGUUGCUUCAUGCAAGUCUAAAAAAUGUGGAUGACAAAGCAAUUAUUGAAUCGUUCAGGAAGUAUUGUGAGGCUCCAAUUGUAGGCCAACUAGCUAAUGAUUCCGCGUUCUUUGGGGUUAAUUUUGUUAAGAUUGUUGGGUCGCAUAGGUCCAAUUUGUUUGGGACUGAAUUCGGGAUGGGAAGACCUGUAGCUAUUCGUACCGGAAACGUCAAUGAAGUUGAAGGAAGAGUGUCUGUUAGUCAAGGAAGUGAAGGGGCAGGGAGCGUUGAUCUAGAGGUUUCCCUUGCGCCUCCAACUAUGAGUGCUCUUGAAAUGGAUGAAGAGUUUAUGAGCUUUGUUACACUUGGUUAAUUCUUCAAAGAUCUAGCGUUACGUGUUACUAUGUAGGAUGCGAGCCCAACAAGUCUUACAUGCAUCCGACACAUGAUUGUUGUGCAGUGAUUAGAGUCCGGAGUAUGCUGCGCGGGCUGGAGAGUGCUAUGAUCCACUGAGCCUGUAGUUUUGUGUUUGCUACUGGGCAGUGUCUUGUGGGUUGCAAGACUGCAACUCUAGCAAGUAUAAUAGCAAGUUUAAUAAUUAGUCAAGGUUAGCCAAAUUUGACCAGAAUGUCUUAUGUAAGCUAAUCUUAGACCGAAGGAGUAUUUGUUUAUAAUAUCAAUAUCUUUGCUGUAUUGUUUUUGUUAUCAUGGAGUAGAAAGAAGGUUGAAAAGAGCUGGUUAAUCAACUAAAGGAUAUUGUCAUCAAUUCAAUUGUACAGAAAAAGUUUAUAAUUUAAAUGAUAUGAAAGUUACACUUUAA